AAUCAGACCUAACUAUAAGAGGCAGAAACGAGGACAUACACUCACAUACACACACACACUUAAGGUUUUCAGAUAAAGCAGGAAACACACAGCUCUACACAUAAUAUAAUCUACCUGAAUAAAAACAUGGAAUGCUGUCUGAAGCGGUGCCAAUAAGGCUGGACUGCUAAAGAACUAAGCACACACAGGUGUUUUCACUUGUCACUUGUUGCCUCAUUAACCCUGGUUCACGUCCAAUAACCCGCUCUGCUCUGUGCUUGAUCACAUUGUGUUCUGUUUGUGGCAACCCACUGUGAAAUUACAACACAGAGUGUGGGAGUAACUGUAGAUUAUCAAACUUCCCCUGCUUCUUUUUAGUUGGUAUUUUGUGUAAGUAAUAGCAACACAAAACAUGAGAACUGGUGAAGGAAACAACUGAAAACAGGCAGAUAUAAGAGUUGGGACAGUUGAGAAGACAGUAUCUAUCCAGAUUUCUUCUUCUUCCAACUUCAUUAUCCCCCAUCAUGGUGGCCAGAAGGAGAGUCAUGCUCCUGGUUGCAGUGGUCCUCUCCCUGCCAAGCCUCAUUCACAGCUUCCAACCGCUCUUCUCAUUUGAUGGGAAGUCCUCCACUCAUCGUGACAUCACCCAAAAGGCGGUCCUCAGAAAGACAGCCGAGGUCUGCAGAGACAUUGCUGCCUCUGAGGGACGGGACUUCAGCCUGACUAUUGAUGACAGCCUGUCAGCUGACAAGGUGCAAAUGGCCUGUUCCACUACAGGCACUUCUCUCCUGUCAACGGUCACGUUCCAAACUUCAAUUGCCAAUAUGUACUUCAGCAACGCAAAAGUGGACGUGGUUUUUGCACUGAGUGAGGAGCACCAUUUUGAUGAUGAGACCUUCCAGGGAGGACGGGAUAUCAUCACCGCAGGUGUGUCUGCUGUAAAGGCCAGUGUGAAGCUGGAGAGCUUUGUCGCUGGGAGGUGGACUCUUGGACGAGUUUGUCAUACCCUACAGGACUUCUACAGCCACAGUAACUGGGUGGAGCUGGGGAACAAUGCUCCUUACAGCACACUGAUCAAACCUGACCAACCUCUUGAGAACCUGGCAGAUCUAAGUACUCCAACCUGUAGGAACUGUACAGGGGGCAAUUGUGAAAACAACCUUCUGCCUGACCUUUUGCAGCAGGGGCUUCUCACUUCAGGCUAUUUCAACAUCUUCUCCUCAGCAAAACCUGCAGGUAAAUGUAGCCACGGUGGAUCAUUUGACCAGACAAGCAAACAGGACCCAGUGGGGGGCAUCAACAAGGACGACGUUGGAUCCAGUCAUGGCUCACUUCACCACAAAGCAGCUGAUUUGGCUGUGAAUGCCACUUUGGAGCUACUGGAGGACAUCAGAGUAGCUGUCGGAGACAAGAACUUCCUCAGAUUGAUGGGCCUCUCCCAGUCCUCUGUGCUGUGUUUUGUCAUCGAUACCACAGGCAGUAUGAGCGAUGACAUAGCUGAGGCUAAGAGAGUUUCCUUUGACAUCAUUGACAGUAAGAGGGGAACCCAGCAGGAGCCCUCCGCCUACAUAUUGGUACCUUUCAAUGACCCAGGUUUUGGACCUUUGAUUAUGACAUCCAAUGCGGACGUCUUCAAAGACAGUAUCAAUAAGCUGUCGGCAAGUGGAGGAGGAGACAUCCCAGAGUUGUGUUUGUCUGGACUGCAGCUAGCCCUGACUGCUGCUCCACAAUCCUCUGAGAUCUUUGUCUUCACUGAUGCUCCAGCUAAAGACGCUCAUUUGAAAAGCACCAUCACUGCCCUUAUAGAGAGCACCAAGUCUGUGGUAACUUUCAUGUUGACAGACGUCCUGGCCAGUCGACGGCGCCGCAGAAGCCCUCAGGGUGGGAGUCCACGCUCAAUGAGCCAGUCCGACGCCCAGCUGUACCGUGACCUAGCCCGAGCUUCUGGAGGUCAGGCCAUUGAGGUCACCAAGUCAGACCUCUCUCUGGCUACAAGUGUAAUAGAGGAUUCAUCAGCCAGCGCUGUGGUUACAAUUUUUCAGGUAGUAAGGAAUCCUGGAAGGCCUGAUAAUUUUACAUUUGCUAUUGAUGGUUCUUUAAGGAACAUCACUGCCUACAUCACAGGAGCCUCAUCUCUCACCUUCAACCUCACCAGCUCCACAGGUAUAUCCCAGAGUUCCAGUCAGUCCAGUGGUCCUCUGGCAUCAUUCACCACAGCAGGAAACCUACGUCGUUUAAGCCUCAACACUGACAAUCAAACAGGAUCAUGGCAAAUCAUUGUUAAUUCUAAUAACCCCUACUCUGUUAAGGUCACAGGUCAAAGUUCAGUGAACUUCAUUUAUAACCUUGUGGAAGCUCACGAAGGAGCCCACGGGGACUUCAGUCUAAAGGAGGGACGUCCUCUCUCAGGUGGUAAUGCCAGCCUCUUGGUCUCUGUGACAGGAAGUGACACAGUAAAGGUCACAGAGGUCACUCUGGUUGACAGCUCGGGACCAACAGAGGUUAACGGAUCACUGCAGUCACUGGGAAGUGGUAACUUCCUGGUGACAUUCAGUGGAGUGCCAAAGGGUGACUUUGUGGUUCGCCUGAGAGGAGAGGACAGCAGCUCCACCUCCAGGUCAACACCGAGCAGCUUCCAGAGACAGGCCUCCACACAGAUCAAGACCUCAAGCAUCGCUGUUACUACCCAAGCCAACAACACCAACAUAGAACCAGGCUCCACCAUCUCCAUCCCUUUCACAGUCGCAACGACCACCAACGGAGUUGUUAAUGACUCUGCAACUGGAACAUUCACAGUGCGAGCCAACGAUGACCGCAACUUUAUUCCAUCUUCACCCAGCACUGUCGCCAUAGCAGCAGGCACUGGAGGCAAAGCCAAUGGCACCGUAACCUUAACGGCCCCAGCCAGUGCUGCAUCAGGAACAGACGUGACUGUUACCAUUGAGGUAGAAAAUGCUGCCACUGACAUCAACUACGCUGUCCUCAGGUUUUCUGUGGUUGCCAAGGUGACAGAUAUUACACGACCAGUGUGUCAGGUAGUCAGUACAUCGACCAACUGUCCGUCCUCUUCAUCGCUCUGUGCUUCCUCCCAGUGGGAAUUCAUUGCUAAUCUCACUGAUGGCAUCAAUGGAACUGGCAUUGAGAGCGUCACCAUCCGCCAAGGGAACGGUACCCUCAAUACCAGCACAGUGGCUGGAGCCGGGGGCGAGAACAUUACAGUGGCUACCUACAGCGCCUCCUGCUGUUCACAGAAUGUAGAGCUGGCUGUUGUGGACAGAGUAGGAAAUGUGGGGACAUGUUUGGGACAAGUUAGAGAAUCUACCACAGCUGCCCCUGUCACUGCAGUUAACACAACAUCUUCUGGAGGGCACACUGUGAGCAUAUCACACUGUCUCUGGAUCAGUGCUGUGGUUGCUCUUCUUUGGAAGUAAAAGGGAUAAAUUGAAAUUACACCCUAAAUGUGGAAUUGUAGCACAUAAAUCAAUUGUCCUCUCUGAGUAUUUUAUAUAUUUGAUUUAUUUCAUUAGGUGUGUUUGAAUCUAAUUACAUUUCUUUGAAUGGAAUCACUGUUACUGAUACGUCUUUAAUUAACCAAUAUUCAUUCAUCUUCAUGUAUAAAUAAUGAAUUUCUUUAUUUAAUCAUUUUUAUUUUUGCUGCUUUGUGUUACAACAUUGAAAAGUUACUUUGAAUCAUUUACUUUUAUAUCCCACUGUUGUGUAGAUUUGUUGUAGCAAUCAUAACUUAAAACUGUUGUCUAAAGGGAUUAUUUUAAGGGGAUGUUCGAUGCUAUUAGAGAUUAAAUCAUUUCUAGAGCACAGUUGUGACUCUGUAGUUCACAGUUUCCUGUCAGGUAAUGAAAAUCAAAGAAAUGGAACAGUUUUUUUUUGUUAAGACUUUAUUUAUCGUUUUCUUAUACAACAUUUGAAGAACAGCAUUGACUACAAACAGUAAAAAGAAAUAUGAAAGAAAAAAAUGAACAGAAACAAAACAAAAACAAAACCCCCAAAAUAUGAGAGCAAUAUAGGAUACAGGACUAUGUAAUAUUGGGGAACAAUAACCACAACAACACAACAAUAACAGAAAAAAUAACAGAAAAAACAGCUGUAUGGUACAAAGGUUACAUGUAGGUUAUUCACAAGAAAAUAAAAGUAAAAAAAUUAGAGUCAGAUCAGAGUAUCACCUUCUAUAUAUGGUUCAUUGUCAGACUGCUGGGAAAGAGAGGUUUUCCACAUACUCAAUAAGGGGAAGUCAGGUUCUAUUGUAUUCUUUAAGUGAUCCAUUUAAUGUGUAUCUCAACUUCUCCAUUUGGGGGCACAUCAUGACUUCCUUAAUCCAUAAUAUAAAGGAGGGUGGGGGACUGGUAGCCUUUCAUCUAGUAAGAAUUAGUCCGCGUGCCAACAGUGGGGUGAGUGCUAUAACAUUUGACUGAUGCGAAGUGAUACUAUAUUCUGUUGAUGGAGCACCAAACAUCACCAUGUAAGGGUUGGGAUUUAUUGUUAUAUGAGUAUGUCUGAAAUAUAGAGGUCCACAAAUUAUUUAAUGAGUUAAAUAAUUGAGCCAGAACAUAUGAUCCAUUGUUGCUUGUGAUUGAUGAUAUCUAGGACAGCUAGAGUCAGCGGUCGAGAACAUUUUGGAAAGUUUAGCUUUCGUAAGGGCUAAAACUAUAUUUAAACAGUGGUUUGAAAGAAAGUGUCAUUUGAACUCCAAGAUAAGUGAAAGAAAUUUGAUUCAGCCUUAAAUGGGAAGGAGGUGUAAUUAAUAUCCAUGGCGAAUUGGUUAACAGGAAAAAUCAAACUUUCUGUUAAAUUCAGUUUAUAGCCUGAAUUAGAGUUUGCAGCAAUGCUCCUUUUGUAUGUAUUUCAGAAAAUACAGAUAUUACACGACCAGUGUGUCAGGUAGUCAGUACAUCGACCAACUGUCGUCCUCUUCAUCGUUCUGUGCUUCCUCCCAAUGGGAAUUCACUGCUAAUCUCACUGAUGGCAUCAAUAGAACUGGCAUUGGGAGCGUCACCAUCCGCCAAGGAAACGGUACCCUCAAUACCAGCACAGUGGCUGGAGCCAAGGCUGAGAACAUUACAGUGGCUACCUACAGCGCCUCCUGCUGUUCACAGAAUGUAGAGCUGGCUGUUGUGGAGAGUAGGAAAUGUGGGGACAUGUUUGGGACAAGUUAGAGAAUCUACCACAGCUGCCCCUGUCACUACAGUUAACACAACAUCUUCUGGAGGGCACACUGUGAGCAUAUCACACUGUCUCUGGAUCAGUGCUGUGGUUGCUCUUCUUUGGAAGUAAAAGGGAUAAAUUGAAAUUACACCGUAAAUGUGGAAUUGUAGCACAUGAAUCAAUUGUCCUCUCAGAAAGUAUUUAAUAUAUUUGAUUUAUUUCAUUAGGUGUGUUUAAAUUGAAUUACAACUGCAUGAAGAAAAUAUUUAUUUCCUUUGAAUGAAAUCACUUACUGUUUACCAUUAUUCAUUCAUCUUCAUGUAUUAAUAAUGAAUUUCUUUAUUUAAUCAUUUUCUUUUUGCUGCUUUGCGUUACAACAUUGAAAAGUUACUUUGAAUCGUUUAUUUUCAUAUCCCACUGUUGUGUAGAUUUGUUGUAGCAAUCAUAACUGAAAACUGUUGACUUAAGGGGUUAUUUUAAGGGGUUAUUCAAUUUAAAGAGAAGUAUGUGUUUUGAUGGUGAUGAGCAAUAAACUGCACUCUCACUUCUGCAUUAUUACUGGGAGGGAACUUUUCAUUCUUAUAAAUGUUUCUUAUAUACUAUCAAUAUGUCCAGAGUAUUUUUUCUGGUGAACCUACGGUAGUUUCUCUCGGUCUGCCCUGUCUACUUCUAUUAAAAGACAUGAAAACCUG